AUGUAAAAUUCUCAGUUUGUUCCAGAAAAAAGUCCUAAAUUAAUUUUGAAGCUUUGUCACAUAAGAGUUGUAUUUUUUUUAAUGAAAAAAAAAAUCGUCCAAACAUGGAUUCUAGUGCUAACUCCAGCAGAUCAGGUUCCAUUUAAAGUUGUGGCUAAUACUCGGGUCGUGAGCGAGGGCUAGACUUUUCCUCCUGGGUUUGGGUUUGGGUUUGGGGUUGGGGUUUGGGUUUGGGUUUGGGUUUGGGUUUGGGGUUUGGGUUUGGGGUUGGGUUUGGGGUUUGGGUUGGGGUUGGGGUUGGGGUUGGGGUUGGGUUUGGGGUUGGGGUUGGGUUUGGGUUUGGGGUUGGGG